GGGCGAGAGGCGGCAGCGCGAGGAGGGUUCACGAGAGAGGACGGGUGGGGGUUGGGUCCCAGGCAGGGCGUGUGUCCCGUAGGCGCUGCCGUGCUUGGUGUUUGCCAUGGCGCUGCCCCCGGAGAAAGUCUCGGAGCUGAAGCAGAUCAUCCGGCAGCAGCUGACCAGGAUGGAUGUCCAUGGCAGAAUCCGAGAAGUACUUGCUGAGACUAUACGCGAAGAAUUAGCACCCGAGCAUCAACAGUUAUCCGCAGAAGAUCUGAUGAAAGCCCUAAGACGACGAGGAAUCAUUGAUGAUGUUAUGAAAGAACUUACAUUUGUAACCGAUAUGAAUGACAGAGAGAUGGCUUCAGCUCCAAAACCUUCUACACAUUUUGUUGACAGACAACCUCCAGUACUGCAAAAAACUAACAUUGACCCAACACGGAGGUAUCUUUACCUUCAGGUUUUGGGUGGAAAAGCUUUUCUGGAACAUCUGCAAGAACCUGAACCUUUACCUGGUCAAAUUUGUUCUACCUUCACUCUGUAUUUGCACUUUCGAAACCAACGUUUCCGCUCUAAACCUGUCCCAUGUGCCUGUGAACCAGAUUUUCAUGAUGGUUUUUUACUUGAAGUACACAAGGAUAGCCUAGGUGACGGAAGUAAAAUGGUGGAUGCAACCACUAUGUUAUCAAUAUGUGAUCCAGUGCAUAUGGUUCUGAUCAAAACUGACACGUUUGGUGAGACCACAUUAGUGGCAUCUUAUUUCUUGGAAUGGCGAUCAGUCCUUGGUGCAGAGAACAGAGUAACAAGUGUUGCUGUAGAACUUCUGGGUGUAGGUACAGAAUCAAAGGUUUCUGUUGGAGUCCUAAAUAUCAAACUUGAGAUGUACCCACAGCUAAAUAAGACACUGUCCCAGGAAAUAGUUAAUACUCAAGUUACAUCACCAUGUACGUUUUAUCCUUUAAACCUAAUUUUAAUCACCUUUAAGCAGAAAAAUAAGCUUGCCUUAGAACGCCAGAAAACAGCAGAAAAAGAGCGUUUGUUUCUCGUGUAUGCUAAGCAGUGGUGGAGAGAAUACUUGCAGAUAAGGCCUUCACACAACACAAGGCUGGUAAAGAUCUUUGCACAGGAUGAAAAUGGGAUAAACCAUCCUGUAUGUUCAUAUGUCAGACCACUUCGAGCAGGCCGGUUGCUGGACACACCCAGGCAAGCUGCAAGAUUUGUUAACGUCCUUGGUUAUGAAAGAGCCCCCGUUAUUGGAGGAGGUGGUGGUAAACAAGAACAGUGGUGCACCCUUCUAGCUUUUCUGUGUAGAAAUAAGGGUGACUGUGAAGAUCAUGCUAACCUUCUGUGCAGCCUUCUCCUUGGAUAUGGAUUGGAAGCCUUUGUUUGUGUAGGAACAAAAGCAAAAGGAGUCCCUCACACAUGGGUAAUGACUUGUGGGACUGAUGGAACCAUCACUUUUUGGGAGAGUUUAACAGGACACAGAUAUAUCCACAAUCCUAUCAGUCCUGAUGACCCUCCACUUGUUGAACAACCCAAGCCAGUGUACCCUUAUCGAACAGUAGGAUGUGUCUUCAAUCAUCAGAAGUUCUUGGGGAAUUGCCAGCCCUCCGAUGCAGUGGAAGUCUGUGUGUUUGAUCUGCAUGAUGAAUCUAAAUGGAAACCAAUGAGUGGAGAAGCAAUCAAAUCUGUGUGUUCUCCAGGGGCCACAACUUCUCUUCCUCCUUUUCCCCCUCUUUGUGCUUCCACAAUAGAUGCUGUGGUAAUAAGCAAUGAAAUAGAAUUACAGCUGAGAAUACUGGUGUCAGAACACAGAAAGGAUCUAGGCCUUACUACUGUUUGGGAUGACCAGUUAUCCUAUCUCUUGUCACCAGCCUUGGCAGCCUAUGAGCUUGAACGUACAACAAGCAUCUCUGCAGGAAAUGAAGAGUUUCAAGAUGCUAUAAGGAGAGCAGUACCUGAUGGUCACACAUUUAAAGGAUUCCCCAUCCAUUUUGUUUACAGAAAUGCAAGGAGAGCAUUUUCUACAUGCCUUCGGUCUCCUUUCUGUGAAGAAAUAAUCUGUUGUAGGGGAGACCAAGUGCGGCUUGCAGUUCGUGUGCGAGUGUUUACAUAUCCUGAAUCUGCGUGUGCUGUUUGGAUCAUGUUUGCUUGUAAAUACCGCUCUGUACUUUAAAAAAAAAAAAAAUCACGUAUACUUCUUAGAGCCUUGAAA